AUGUAUCACAUUCUUUAUGUUUUACUGUGCUGUCUGCGCGUAGUCCACUGCUUCUGUCCCUCACAGUGCACUUGUACUUUUCACGGUCGAAGCGACGGGACGGGCAGCAGAUCAGUGCUGUGCAAUGAUCCAGACAUGUCGGACAUCCCCACCAACGUCCCGGUGGACACGGUGAAACUACGUGUGGAGAAGACGGCGAUUCGCCGGAUCCCCACGGAAGCAUUCUACUACUUGGCAGAGCUGCGGUACCUGUGGCUCACCUACAACUCGGUGACGACCGUGGACGCCGGAAGCUUCUACAACCUGAAGGGGCUGCAUGAGCUCCGGCUGGACGGGAACGUCCUGGCACUCUUCCCCUGGGAGUCGCUGCGUGAAACCCCGUCCCUGCGGACCCUGGAUCUGCACAACAACCGUCUCACCAACGUACCGGCUGAGGCGGCCUCGUACCUGCGCAACGUCACCUAUCUGGACCUCUCCAGCAACAAGCUGGUCACCCUCCCCUCUGACCUCAUGGACAUAUGGCCGCCCUUCUCAGGAGUGCCAUGGAGCGCCAACCUCUCGCAGAGGGUGGUGUUGGGUGUCCAGGACAACCCCUGGUUCUGUGACUGCCGGAUCUCCAAGCUGCUGGAGCUGUCGAAGAUGUCCGGCGGGACGGUGGUGCUCCUGGACCAGCUCCUGGUGUGCAGCGGGCCGGAGAACCUGGCCGGGGUGCCCUUCCAGCUGGCCGAGCUGGACCAGUGCCUCAAGCCCUCCGUCAUGACCUCCGCCACCAAGAUCACCUCCCCCCUGGGCAGCAACGUCCUCCUGCGCUGCGAUGCCACGGGCUACCCCACCCCCACCCUCUUCUGGAGCAGGGCCGAUGCCCCCCUCAUCAACAGCACAGUGGUGGAGGAGACUCCGGGGGAGGGAACACGCUGGUCCAUCCUCAGUCUGAAUGGGGUGCUGUCCCGGGACGCGGGGGACUACCGCUGCAAGGCCAAAAACGUGGCGGGCGUGGCCGAAGCCUCAGUCACGCUAUCUGUGGCGGGUGUGGUCACAGUCGCCCCGCCCCUUCGGCCGACGGUAUCCUUGCAACCCGAUGGGGGGGGGGAGGAGCCAGGGGUGGGAACGACCGACUCUACUGUGGUGACCACGGCCUUCACUGCGGCAACCCAGCCAGCAGUUGCCACACCGACCCCUGCUGCUAAUCCCCCGACCACUACUCUACCACCACCGGUCCUCCCCACCAAGCAGGGCCAGCAGAGGGCGCUAACACAAACGGGUCGGCCCCCGCAGAGUCAAGCUGGGAGGAGACCGGACAGCAAAAGCACCACGCCAACGAAGCCCACCCCCCCCAUUAGGGGCAUUCGAGUCACAGAGGAGACGGCGGAGAGCGCUGUGUUGCUAUGGGAGACAGACGCGGCCUGGGGCGAUGCCCAGCUAACGGUGGUCUACUCGCCGUACGAGGGGAAGGACAAGCAGACGGCCAGCGCCCCGGCAUCUUCCGGAAGGCUGCUCCUGAGCAGCCUCAGGCCCCGCAUGAAGUACAUGGCCUGCCUGAUCGCCAGAAAUGGCCCGUCACGCAAGGACCAGUGUGUCACCUUUACCACCCUGGAGGGGGAGGAGCGGCCCAAUCUGGCGCUCCUGGUCAUCAGUGGCCUAGCCUGCAGCCUGGCCCUGCCUGUCAUCGGCUUCCUGCUGUACAAGAUCACCCGCCUCUUCUGCCAGAAGAGCAGCAGUCCCACCAACCACGACCAAGACACCUACGUCAAGUUUGAGACGCUGUCCCUGAAGCAGAGGACUGUGGGUAAUGCGGGGAACGACCUGUGGACGCGCCGGCAGACUCAGGAGUCAGAGAGAAUGCUGCUGUUCUCCCGGUCCAGCAUCGACUCUCAGAUGACCUACAAGAGUGACAGCUCCAGGUCUGAGUACCUCUGCUAG